CUGGCUCCGCCCCUCGCGUGAUGCGGGGCUGCAUUUGAACCAUCACCCGAUGGGAAACCACUCCCCGCCCGGAUCCUCGUUCGGUUCCGGUUCGGUUCCGAUCCGGUUCUUUAUCCGGCUCCGGAUCAUGGCAACGUGGGUUCUGCUGCUCGGGGCUCUGAUGAGCUCGGCAUCAGCCGUGUGGGGCUGUGACCCCGAGCAGUUUCGCUGCGGUGACGGCAGCUGCAUCUCGGCCACGUGGGUUUGUGACGGAGGCACCGAGUGCCGCGAUGGCAGCGACGAGGAGCCUGAAAUGUGCCGCUCGUUGCCGUGCCCGUUGCAGCACUUUGACUGCGGUGUCUCCGUGGGGCGGCAGCGCUGUGUGCCCAUGUCGUGGCGCUGCGACGGGCAGCAGGACUGCGGGCACGGCCAGGAUGAGAUGGGCUGCAGUGAGUGAUAAUGGGGGCACUUAUGGGGCAAUGUGGG